CACUACAGCAGUGUGAGAUUCAAGUGACGAAGAUCUACCAGGAUGGCAGUGACUUUGACUUUUACAGAAUUUAAGCUGGAAGAACCUGAAGACGAGAACAGCACAGACUACGAUUACAUGAAUAGCUCGGGAUCAAUGAUGUUUGCCUGUAUGGAUGAGCAGAACGUUGCUGUUGGGUUCCAGCCGGUGCUUUACAGCUUGAUCUUUCUGCUGGGUGUGGUCGGUAAUGGUCUGAUGAUAACGGUCCUCCUGAGAUGCCGGCGUCUCCUACGCAUUACCGAAAUCUACCUACUACACCUCGCUGUGGCUGACCUCUUGCUCCUUAUGACAUUUCCUUUCUAUGUGGUUGAAUAUGUUACUGGCUGGCUGUUUGGGGAAAUGCUCUGCAAAUUGAUGGGCCUGGUGAAAUGUCUCAAUCUCCUCUGUGGGAGUUUCCUUUUGGCUUGCAUAGGGUUUGAUCGAUAUUUGGCGAUUGUUCACGCCAUUCCAAGCAUGAGAAACCGACGCCCGAGAACCGUGCAUAUAACGUGCAGUAUAUUAUGGCUGGUGUGUUUGGGUUUAUCACUACCAAAUGUUGCAUUUCUUACUGUGAAAGAGGAACGCGCAAACGCAUCUCGUUUCUCCUGUUUCUAUUAUCAUCUAGAGCUCCAUGCACACAACUGGCUUUUGACCAACAGAGUCUUCGACCAUGUUUGCUUUUUCCUAUCCCUGGCUAUCAUGAGCUACUGCUACACAGCAGUGGUAGUUACUUUGCGCAGGAGUCAGAAAAGCCAAACAAAGCAAGGGGCCAUUCGAUUGGCUUUACUUCUCACUCUUGUCUUUUGCUUCUGUUGGCUCCCAUACAAUAUCACCUUGCUGAUACAAACUCUAGUAGACCUAGAGGUUAUCAAAUACAAACGCUGUGAAUCUUAUGUCCUCCUGCAAACAGCCCUUGAUUUGACAAAUGGCCUUGGUUACUCACACAGUUGCCUGAAUCCUUUCCUGUAUGCCUUUGUUGGGGUGAAGUUUCGCAACGAGUUGAAUCGGUUGCUUUUGGAACUUGGAUGCAGCCCUGUUUGUCUGCCAUUCAACAGGAACCAAGGUCAUAGUCGACCAUCUACUUCUGAUGGAGCAACAAACCUAAGCUCAAUAAUGUGAUCUAACACAGCUAUUAAACUCUUACAUGAUGAUGUCAGUUACAUAAAAUGCUUGUUUCACCUGUAAUGAUGAAUGUUACCACAUGUUCUGAAAAUACAGUACCCAUUGCUACUUGGAUUGCAUUUUAUUAUUUUUUAUUUACCCAGUCAAGAAAUGUUUUUUAUUGUCUGACUCCGUUUUUGCUUGUAUAUGAGCAACUGCUAAUUGAACUUAAUAAAGAUUUCAUAUAUUAUA